CCUUGUUCAUGUGACUGUUUUCUCGAGAGAAACCAUUUUGAUGAAGGGUCAAGUUCAGGAACUUGAUAUAAACCAGUUACAUACCACAAUGUCGGAACACGGAGAACAAGUUGAAGCUGAGCAAGUUGACGUUGUUGAACAAGUUGAAGAACAAACUGCUGCUCCCGAAGUUUCUGUUGAAGAUGCUUUGAAGGAAGUUUUGAAGCGUGCCCUUGUUCACGACGGUCUUGCCCGUGGUAUCCGUGAGGCCUCUAAGGCUCUUGACCGUCGUCAAGCUCACCUUUGCGUCCUUUGCGAGUCUUGCGACCAAGAGGCUUACGUCAAGCUUGUUGAGGCCCUUUGUGCUGAAUCUGAAACUCCUUUGAUCAAGGUCGCUGAUCCCAAGGUUUUGGGUGAAUGGGCUGGUCUCUGUGUCCUUGACCGUGAUGGCAAUGCCCGUAAGGUCGUCGGCUGCUCUUGUAUUGCCGUUACUGACUAUGGUGAGGACUCCGCUGCUCUUCAAAAGCUUUUGGGUAGCUUCUCUGCUUAAAAACUGUUUCAUAAUAAAUAUGAAAAGGCAAUAUAGCGCUCGUUCAUUCUCUAUUAUUGUAGAUUAUCUUUGUUUCGUAAGCACGAAUACGGUUAUGGAUGAAGGCCGCCAGUCAUAGGUUCAGAAAACUGAUAUUUUCUGUUUUGAAAUCCAAUGAAGCGAACCGAGGUAGUGUGUUCAAGUAGAAGUCGUAUGGACU